CGCUUCCCCAGCGUCCACAGGCAAUCAUGUUCGGCCCCUGGUUGACCUUGGUCUCGUGUCUGCAAAAGUACACGCCGUCGUGGCUCAAGGCGCUCAAGCCGCACGCCAACUUCAUAACAUUGCACUAUGCAUACAUUAUCGGCUGGGCGCUUAUUGGUUCCGUCAUCAUGUAUGGCAAUGGUCGCAUCCCAUACAUUGAUGCCCUCUUCUUCGCCAGCGGUGCCGCGACACAAAGUGGUCUGAACACAAUUGACGUCAACAAGCUAAGUUUGUACCAGCAGAUCACGCUGUAUCUCAUGACGUGCAUGUGCACGCCCAUCUUCAUCCACAGUUCCGUCGUCGUCGUCCGCCUGUAUUGGUUCGAGAAGCGCUUCCAGAACAUUGUCCUCGAAAGAGGCAACAGGAGUGGUCGCAGCCGGACCUUGUCCAAGGCCAAGAGCGAAAUGAAAAACAAACUGGACCGAGACGCUGGACGCGAAGAGCAGGCUGUCGGCGCGCGCGAAAUCAGAGUCAUGCGCGGUUCCAAUGGUCACGCCCACGGUGGCACAAUCGAGAAUGAAUACGCUUUCAGUGACGGACAGGACUCCACUGGAAACGGCAUUCGUCCGAGACGAUCGAGCUCCAGCGAAGACGAGAUGCCUCCAUUCGUUCGACCAGAGACUCCCGCGCAAAACCCCGCGGGUAUCGUAUGGGCAGACAAUCUCAACAAGCCCUCGAAACGAUUAAGCAAAGAUUCCUUGGAAGAUUCUCCUGCCAAUCGACUUCCCCAGUCCAACAAGGAGAGGAGCAUCGCUUUUGUAGAAGCCCAGCGCAAUCCCACGGCGAGGAACAAGCUGCGUAUUCCAGGCCCACGUGACUUUGACCAGGGUCUCACUCCAGAAGCAGUCAAGGGAGAGGAAGAAGAGUUGGACAGGACUACGAGUCGAGUCUCUCAAGAGUCUCGUCUCAAUUCUCCCAGGAACCGCGAACGCUCCAACUCGCUGCCGCAUGUUUUGAACGGAGACGACCGGCCGCUGAAGAACCACAUCACCAUCGAUGUCCCGGACAGGCAGCAACGCCCCAAUGGCCAUUCCGUCUACAGCAGAACAAGGACCAACGACGCUGACGCAAAUGGACCUUCGCCAUCAAUGCAUCUCCACAACCGAUCACGCACAAGGACUUUUGCUAGCUUCCUUAGUCGGGAUAAGGAGGAAGAUGAGGAUCCAGUGCCCUAUCUCAGCUGGACACCUACCCUCGGGCGUAAUUCAAAUUUUGUCGACCUGACUGAGGAGCAAAGAGAAGAGCUGGGCGGUAUUGAGUACCGGGCUUUGAAAUUGCUGGCGGUCAUCCUUACCGUCUUCUAUCUCGGCUGGCACACGAUUGGCGUCAUCUGUCUGGCACCCUGGAUUAACCAUAAUGCUCAUUACAGGGGCAUUGUGGAAGCGAUUGGUGUUAAUCCCACGUGGUGGGGUUUCUUCACUUCGGCGUCCCUGUUCAACGACCUAGGGUUUACGCUUACUCCAGACUCGAUGGUCUCGUUCCAACUUGCCAUUUGGCCCCUGGUCCUCGGUACCUUUCUUAUUAUUAUCGGCAACACUGGCUUUCCUUGCAUGCUCCGCUUCACAAUUUGGGUCUACUCCAAGUUGGUACCUAGGAGCAGUGCCGUCUGGGAAGAGCUCCGUUUUCUGCUCGACCACCCGCGUCGAUGCUUUACGCUGCUGUUUCCAAGCAAAGCAAAUUGGUGGUUGUUCUGGAUCCUCGUUAUUCUCAACGGUGUUGAUCUCAUCUUCUUCAUCAUUCUCGAUCUCGACGACCCAACCGUCACAUCCCUUUCUGGCGGCUACCGCUUCCUCGCCGGUCUCUUCCAGGCCGCCUCGACGCGCACUGCAGGUUUCGCCGUCGUCAACAUUGCCGACCUCCAUCCUGCGGUUCAGGUCAGCUAUCUGAUCAUGAUGUAUAUUUCCAUCUUCCCCAUUGCCAUGUCGAUACGUCAGUCCAACGUUUACGAAGAAAAGUCGCUAGGAGUCUGGACCGGCGAUGACGCAGAGGACGGGAAAUUGAGCUAUCUGUCGCACCAUGUCCGUCUCCAGCUAUCCUUUGAUCUGUGGUUUGUCUUUUUAGGUUUCUUCUUCAUCUCCAUCAUCGAGGGCCCGCGUCUCGAAAACACAAACGAAUACGCCUUCAGCCUCUUCUCCGUCCUCUUUGAAAUCGUCUCGGCAUACGGCACCGUCGGACUCAGCCAAGGCUUCCCAAACACAAACACCUCCUUCUCCGCACAAUUCAAGCCCCUCUCCAAACUCAUCAUCAUCGCCAUGCAGAUCCGCGGCCGCCACCGCGGUCUCCCCUACGCCCUCGACCGCGCCAUCCUCCUCCCCUCGGAAACGCUCCACCAAAAGGAAAACGAAGAGGCCACCAGGAGAGCCCGUCGCGGCAGCAACGCAGUCGACAUGGGCCCCGGCAUGCCUCCAGGCAGCUUCUCCCGCACAGGCACCAUGCUCAGCCGCAGGAGCACCGCCAGCGGCGACAGAAUGGUGCAGGAAACUAGACCUGAACAGCUCAAGCGUAUCCUGAGCGGUGCGUUUAGUGCCGGUCCUACAGGCUCUUCUUAUAGAGAGAAGGCUGCUUAGAAUAUAUAUAUAUAUAUAUGUCUCUGGUUGAU